AUGGAAGAGUUCAGGGAAGCUCGCUGGAGGCAUUACAACGAAGACAAGAAGUUUGAAGACAGACCCCGCAGCGGUUCUCUAGGAGAUCAGGUUAAAACCUCGGUGACAAAAGUGGAACCUCCUCUUCCUCCUCCUCCUCCUCCUCCUCCUCGUCGCUCCCAUAGAUAUUCAAAAUCAACAGGAUCUACCUGGAAUCAGAAUAAGAAAGCAAACACGUAUUCCUCGUCAUGGAGUUUUAACGACCCUGAAGUGAAGAGGCAACGGCGAGUUGCCAAGUACAAGUCCUAUGCCGUUGAAGGCAAAAUGAAGGCAUCUUUAAGGGAGAGCUUUCGCUGGUUCAAGAACAAGUGGUGUUCUCUUGUGCAUGGAUACUAG